UCUAGCUCUUCACCGGUGGCUCAGGAGGUUGGAAGCCCAAGUCUGGCCUUCCAGUCAUGACCGGGACCGGGACAUCUCUUCUCCUAUUGAUGACCUUGGCUUCCUCUGUCUGCUUCAACUUGGACACAGACAAGCCGACAACCUUCCUCAUGGACAGUGCUGGGUUUGGACACAGUGUGGUCCAGUAUGCCAACUCCUGGGUUGUUGUUGGAGCUCCUCAGGAGAUAAAGGCUGCCAACCAAACAGGUGGCCUCUACCAAUGUGACUACAGCACAGCCACUUGUGAGCCCAUCCGCCUACAGGUACCCCCGGAGGCUGUGAACAUGUCCCUGGGCCUGUCCCUGACAGCUUCCACCAAUCCCUCUCAGCUGCUGGCCUGUGGUCCCACUGUGCACCAUGCCUGCAGAGAGAACAUGUAUUUGACUGGUUUCUGCUUCCUGCUGUCCUUCCCCUCCUGGCAGGCCCAGAGGCUCCCUUCUGCCCUGCAGGAGUGCCCAAAGCAGGAGCAGGACAUCGUGUUCCUAAUUGAUGGCUCGGGCAGCAUCUCCUCUAACAAUUUUGCCAAGAUGCUGAACUUCGUGAAGGCUGUAAUGAGCCAGUUCCAGAGACCCAACACCCAGUUCUCCCUGAUGCAGUUCUCCAACCAAUUUCGGGUGCAUUUCACUUUCAAAGACUUCACUUACAACUCAGACCCACUAGGCCUGUUGGAUUCUGUGUACCAGCUGAGAGGGGCCACUCACACAGCCACAGCCAUCAGGAAGGUCAUAAAACAAUUGUUCAGUGCCCCAAGUGGGGCCCGAAAUGAUGCCUCCAAGAUCCUCAUCGUCAUCACUGAUGGGAAUAAACAAGGCGACUACCUGGAUUAUAAGGAUGUCAUCCCCAUGGCUGAGGCAGCGGGCAUCAUCCGCUAUGCAGUCGGGGUGGGAUCGGCUUUUCGAGAGACAAAUUCCUGGAAAGAAUUAAAUGACAUCGCAUCAAGUCCCUCCCAUGAAUAUAUAUUUAAAGUGGAGAACUUUGACGCUUUGAGAGACAUUCAAAACCAACUGAAAGAGAAGAUCUUUGCCAUUGAGGGUACACAGACCAUAAGCAGUAGUUCCUUUGAAUUGGAGAUGUCCCAGGAGGGCUUCAGUGCUGUAUUCGCACCUGAUGGACCAGUUCUAGGGGCUGUGGGAAGCUUCAGCUGGUCUGGAGGUGCCUUCCUGUACCCCCCAAAUAUAAGCCCCAUCUUCAUCAACAUGUCUCAAGAACAUGUGGACAUGAGGGACUCUUAUUUGGGUUACUCCACAGAGCUGGCCCUUUGGAAGGGGGUGCAGAUCCUGGUCCUGGGGGCCCCCCGUCAUCAGCACACUGGGAAAGUUGUCCUCUUCGCCCAGGUGUCCAGGCAAUGGAGGCCGAAGGCUGAAGUCACAGGGACCCAGAUUGGCUCCUACUUUGGGGCCUCCCUCUGCUCUGUGGACGUGGACAGAGAUGGCAGCUCCGACCUGGUCCUCAUCGGGGCCCCUCAUUACCAUGAGCCGACCCGGGGCGGCCAGGUGUCUGUGUGCCCCUUUCCCCGGGGGAGGGCUAGGUGGCAGUGUGAGUUCAUUCUCUGUGGGGAGCAAGGCCACCCCUGGGGCCGCUUUGGGGCAGCCUUGACAGUGCUGGGGGACGUGAAUGGGGACAAGCUGAUGGACGUGGCCAUUGGAGCCCCGGGAGAGCAGGAGAACCAGGGUGCUGUCUACCUAUUUCAUGGAACCUUAGGACUGGGCAUCAGCCUCAUCCACAGCCAGAGGAUUGCAGGAUCCCAGUUCUUCCCCAGGCUCCAGUAUUUUGGGCAGUCACUGAGCGGAGGUCAAGAUCUCACCCUGGAUGGACUGGUGGACCUGGCUGUGGGGGCCCAGGGGCAUGCACUGCUGCUCAGAACCAGACCUGUGCUCAGGGUAUGGGUGAGCAUCCGCAUCACACCUGCAGAGAUCACCAGGUCUGUGUUUGAGUGUCAGGAGCAGAUGCCCUUUGUCCAGCCACUGGUUAAUGCCAAUGUCUGCCUUCAUGUUUAUAAAAGCUCCAAGGACCGACUGGGUGACCUCCAAAGCUCUGUGACCUUUGACCUGACCCUUGACCCUGGCCGCCUGAGUCCCCGGGCCAUCUUUGAGGAGACAAAGACUUGGAAUCUGACUCGUGUCAGAGUCCUUGGGCUGAGACAGCAUUGUGAGGACGUGAGGUUCCUUCUCCCGGCCUGUGUGGAGGACUCAGUGACCCCCAUUACCUUGCGUCUCAAUUUCUCCCUGGUGGGCAAGCCCAAACCUUCCUUUGGAAACCUACAGCCUAUAUUGGCUGUGGAUGCUCCCAGAUACUUCAUGGCCUCUCUUCCCUUUGAGAAGAACUGUGGAGCCGACCACGUCUGCCAGGAUGACCUUGGCAUCUCCUUUGGCUUCUCAGGCUUGAAGACCCUGGUGGUGGGGAGUAACCUGGAGCUGAACAUGGAAGUGACAGUGUGGAAUGAUGGUGAGGACUCCUAUGGAACCACAGUCACCUUCUUCUACCCACCAGGCCUGUCUUAUCGACGUGUGGCAGGGAGCCAGAGCCAGCUGCAGUCACAAUCCCUGCGCCUGACCUGUGACAGUGCCCCAGCUGAGAGCCAGGGCAUCCAGAGUACCCACUGCAGCAUCAAACACCUCAUCUUCCGCGAGGGUGCCCAGAUCACCUUCACGGCUACCUUUGAUGUUUCCCCUAAGGCCAUGCUGGGAGACCGGCUGCUUCUGAUGGGCAAUGUGAGUAGUGAGAAUAACACCCCUAGGACCAGCAAGACCACCUUCCAGCUGGAGCUCCCGGUGAAGUAUGCUGUCUACACUAUAAUCACCAG